AUGAUCGCCGAGCAAUACGGCCAGAUCCGCUCGAUCCACAUCCGGUACAACGGGACAGAAAGAGUGCUCUUCAGGAAAGGCACUGCCCAGCGCCUCGCCCAUCCGCGAUUCCCUUGCGCCGGGGACGAUUGCCCAUACUGUGAGCAAUAUCUGGAUCGAUUUGAGAAUACCGGUGACACGCUCCUCGACUUCACUUUGCCUUAUGAUACCACGUGCAAAUCGGCAUCUGCAGUGAAGGAAAAUACUAUGCGAAGCUUCAACGAGACGAUCCGCAACUCUGCAGCCGACCGCACCGCAUAUUUGGAUUGCUCGCCUACGGAUCGCAGCUCGUCAUUUGAAGGAUAUUUCACGAUGCGUAGCGGACUCGCACAAGUAAAUUUGGACCAGACGCUCGACGGAAUGGAAAUGGUAUCUGCUAUCGAAGAAACUGCCCUCCCUGAUGAUGGGGAUGACGAUAGUGAUGGGCAACACAACGCUGAAACUCCAGCUCCCCAAGCCGAGAUAGCGGAGACAGUGGAAAAAUCACCGCACACCGAACUCCACGAUCAUCACGAAUCGUCUGGCGUCGAAAUCAGCAUGUCCGUUGAGCCGCCACAUGAUACUGAAAAAGAAGAAGAAGAAGAAGAGGUGCUGCCCGCCGCCGACGAUGCGAUGGACACCGAAGCGUCUUUUGACCCAAUGGAGCACUCGGCUUCUGGUGUGAUUUUCGACGAGGGCUCCGGUUUCGACCCAGAUGAGCUAAACGACAUUGCUUCUCCAUCCGACAGCGCUUCACCAAACUCGUCGGUUCGUCACAGUAAGGAAGGCGUCGAUCAAGCCGUCGUCAAAGACGAACAAUUCAGCUUCGAGCCGUUCAACCUGUCAGCCCGUGCCGAGGGAAACUCGUGUUUCGAGGUCUCGAUGAAGGGCAUUUUCCCGGAGCGCGAGCUUUCUGGUCUAAUGCACCAGCUUCUCGCCGAACGCACACUCCAGGCCGCCGAUUUCCCGGAGAUGGCAGCGCUGCUCAAUGAUGAUGAGCUGGAAAACGGUUUCGAUGAGCAUAACGACGAUAGGGAUGAUGAGGCGGAGAAGCCAGAGUCGGACGAUCACGGCUUCGACGACGAUUCGUUCGACGAUUGCCACGGCGAAAUUGGAGAUGUGCCCCUCAACGAGGCGAUCGAGGCCGCGCAGCGUGGAGAUUACAGACAGCAAUCGAUGAUCUCAGCCGCCGCUCAAACAAACCCAGCUGAUGAAUCUCAACAGACGACAACCGCCCCGACGCAACGAAAAUUCGCCGACCGUCUGAAGGGCAUCGCCUGCUCAGCGUGCCGCAAGCAACGCACCAAGUUCAAGUCGGUCCGGCAGGUGCUCGAGCAUCUACUCGGCCGCCACGCGAAAAACCGACUGCCCAAGAAAAUCCCAAAGAUUUGGAGGUGCGAAGCGUCGGAGCGCUGCCGUUUCACUUCUUUCUACCGCCACAACCUACUCGCCCACACCAGGACCCGUCACCCGCAGGCUGGCACGAAAGUGGUUCCGACACGGGAACAAUGGCACCCCUCCGCACUGCUCGCCGUCCGAGACGCCGCCCGCCACUACUUUCCCGCCAUCGAGAACCGUGUCGAAAAGUACCUCGUCUGGAUGAUCAAGUCGGGCCAAGUCGACGUCGACCCCAACCACCCGCUGCCCUCA